AUGAUGCCAAUGGAGACCGCAUGGAAGGGGUUACAGGUGAUCAGUUCCGUCACUAUCGCUAUGUCAAUUGGUGCAGUAGUCGUCAUCAGUAAUGUGAUUUUCGUUCCAAUCGUGUGGAACGAAAUCUCACUGACAUGGAAUCAACUCGAACAGCAGUUAAACGAUGUGGAGGCUAUAAGGAUCUCCAUCAAAAAGGCACUUGACACACUCCCUGUUGAGCUGACAAGGCAGGCUAGAGAUUUAGCAAGGCAGCGGCUGGACGAUGAGACAAUGGAGUCAUCGACUAAACCAGACAGUACACUCACCCGAAGGCGACGCACACACAGAAAAAGGGAGAAAGUCGGAAGACACACAUCUCGCAAGCUGACGCUUCGAGAAUCGAAACUAAUUGAUCUCUCCGGCAGCGGAGGGCAAUGCGUUUGCUCACUUGAGAACAAGUGUCCAACUGGUCCACCGGGACCACCUGGUCAAAAUGGAGAAGAUGGAAGCCCUGGAAAGCGAGGGACACCUGGAAUGAAAGGACUUCAUUCUAUGGAUGUUACUGCUCAACACAUUUUCGCAGGUUGUCUGGUUUGCCCUGCAGGGCCAGAAGGGGCCCCGGGAGAAAGAGGACAAAUCGGCAUUCCUGGACCAAAAGGCGCGCCCGGCUUGCACGGUUUACCUGGCCGAAAUGGUGCUCCCGGCUCACCUGGAGAUAUUGGUCCGCCAGGAAAGCCGGGCAAAACAGGGAAUGCUGGAGAAGCUGGUCCACGAGGCAUGGAUGGUAUGGUGUCAGAAGGACUACCAGGAGUCAAAGGUAAACCCGGUUCACGUGGUCCUCGUGGUAAACGCGGUGACCAUGGCAAGAAUAUCAGUGUGAAAGGUGACGCCGGGCCACAAGGACGGGCCGGAGACGAAGGCGUGCCUGGCCUCCGAGGACCUGAAGGACCACCUGGAGCUAUGGGCUUGCCAGGAACCCCUGGAGUUUCCCCGGACUGCGACUGCAAGCAGAUCAGAGGUCAUCAGUCUGCACAGCGACACUUACGUGUGCAUUUACUAGAAAACCAAGACCGAGAUGCCCACCUUGCGAGUGUACUUAGCAGCUUAAAAACAAUCAAAUCUGCUGACAGAAGUUCCGAACGAAGUAGUGAAGAGGAAGAGCUCUUGCCAGGAGAAGGAUCCGGGGAGGAGAGUGAAAUCGCAACAACAACCCAGCCGAAUGAUGUUGUAGAGGAAGGGCCAAUACAGGAUUUCAAGGAAAUGAAAGAGGAGAAUGAAGCUGCAGAUAAUGUGCAUGAAUCAUCCACAACAGCUAGCAUAUCAUUACCCGAGGAACAAAACGGGGCCGAUGUAGGUCUUGCUGCUGAGAUGCCAGUUAUAGAGCUGACUUCAGAGAAGAUCACUUCACCGACGGAGACCGAUACCGAUCCUUUACCAUCAUUGGGGACUGAACUGCCAUCACAAGGAAUAUACGAUAUUCUCGUGAAAGUGCCAACACGAACAUCUAAGGCGAACGGAGAUGUUCAUCGUGCUCGAAAAACCGGGAGAAAGCCAAUUCGAAAACCUCCAGGACAUAGCCGUUUUCCUCAACCCCAUUUGAAUGUUAAACACCUUUCUGGCAAUCGGAAUCGGAAGGGUGUGAAGAAAUUCAAGGUUGAUGGGGACGCCGGUGCAGUGGAAUCAGAAGCUGGAAAAUCAGGACAAUUCAGCAAGCCCGCCUUUGAUAUAGGAAUGGUUUUUGCAGCACGGGAACGGAAACGUAAACGAUUGCUAGCACAAAGAGGUAAACUCGUCCAUAGAGAACAAUCGAAACGGCUCCGGAACACUGCUACAAAUACAACGUUCAAUCAGAGAAGCCCAAAGAACCAGAUAAAUCCGAACGUUGAUCUGAUCAUAUUGCCAAGACCUGCUCUGACGGCUUUUCCAGUACGAAACCCCACAAUUUCUAUAUUCAACACGCUAACGAAUGAUAUACGGACCGAGUCGUCAUCCGGUACUUUACAGCAGCCCCAACGAGCAUUCGGUCCUCCAACUAGUCAGCAAAGAAUCAGCAUACCACUGGUGACUCCAUCAGAAGGUGAGAUUCCUGUCCGUGAUGAUGUUGAACGCCGGCUUUAUGCUGUAGAAAAUGAGUUGCGAAGUGUGGCCGACGUAAGAAAGCGUUCAUCUGACGAGCAAGCGAGCUCAGGACAUUUAGAAGAAGGUAAUUGGAGGAGCAGCAGUCAGAGUCUUGGUGGAAGUGAGGUGCCUUUACCUUCAGAAGUAAUAGCACCACUCAAGAUAGACAUCGAUAAGGAGCUCGGAUUAGGCAUGACUGGGAAGAUUCGUGAGAGUGAGUACGCCCUCCCGGUGGGACUUCCAUCAAAAAUCGCUAUGAUAUACAGUACCGAGCCAGAAGAACACAAAGGAGGAAGUGACACAAUCCAAGAGCAGAGCCUCGAUAAGAACCUCGUUGAAGGAUAUGUUCUCCCCAUCGACAAAAUAAUGGAUAAACGAAAUUCCAUCGUUGAUCUAGGGUUUUUUACCCCAUGGAACGCUGGGAAAAGACGUAUACACAUUCUUCUCGACCGUGAUUCGCAGAACCCUUCAAAUGGCUAUGUCGGGAUUACCUCACGAUCACACACGGAGAGCGAAAGGAUCCCGGCAAAAGAGCAUAUUACUUUCGUUGACCGCGCACCGUAUUCUCCUUUGGCAAGAGCUCGAGCGAUUAUCGGCGACAUUCCCUCACCAGAAGCUGAAGAAGCAGUAGAAGCAAAAUCUUCAGAUAUCAAGCGAUUUCAUGUGUCGGAGUUGGUUAGCGACAAAAAUCGGCGAGGAUAUCUCCAUACCGGAACCAAACUUGUCCGAGUCUCCACAGGAAACGUAGCAAAGAAGCAGUCUAUCGGUGGCAAGAAGAAGACGUCAUUGGCAGCUUCUAAAAGGAAAUCCUUUACUCCUUCAAGCAAGAAACACGCGGAAAUUAUGCCUGAGUUCGUAGGCGGAAGGAAAGGCUACGAGGCGAUCGGAAGAGUCCAGAAUUCACCCAAUGUUUGGAAAAUUGAAACUAUGCGGCUUUUGUAA